CCACAAUCAGGCCCGUAGCAGACACCUCCCCCUUGCCCCCCGAGUGCAGCCCCGGGCACAGGCACACCGUCUUUUCUGUCGACCGGCAGCGGGUCCCGGGCAGUGCCAUCGACAGAGCAGUCGGGGGGUGGAACUUCCAUGGGUCUACCGCUACGGUCGGGCUCGCCUCCGAUAAACACGGAGAGGUGGGGGGACACCGAAACCGAUUGGCUAUGUCAGUUCCGGAACGAGGUUAAGGUGCUCAUGGGUGAAGAGACCGAGCAGUACGGUUGCUCAAGGCUGAAAGCGGGUUUCUGGAAGAUCGUGGAGCAGCGCAUGCGAGAGAAGGGUUACAUCCGCAAAGACGACCUGUGUAAAAAUAAGUUCAACCAGAUCUUAGAGUACUGCAGGAAGUUGAAGGCGCACGAGAGGCGGUCUGGUCGAGAGAGCUAUUGGGACAUAAAUAAAGCUCGGAGGAAGAGGUACAACGUUGAUUUUAUGCUUAAGCGGAGUUGGUACGACAUCAUCGACCCGGUGGAGAAGGACAAGGACUCCAUUGAUCUCUCCAAUUUGAUGGACUCGGGUGCGGACGAGGAGCGGCUGGAACACUUCAAAGAUAGGCCCCGUUUUGAUGUUCAUGGUGAUGAUGAUGACGAUGAUGAUGAUGAUGAUGAUGAUGAUGAUGAUGGUGGUGGUGGUGGUGAUGAUGAUGAUGAUGAUGAUGAUGAUGAUGGUGGUGGUGGUGGUAAUGAUGAUAAUAAUGAUGAGGUGCUCGCGUUGGAUCUAGAGAGGUGACACUCGAGAGCGGUCCCUUUGACGGCGUCCUACCGCUGUCAUAGCCGCAUUUUGCUCCGGCGGCCUACCGUCG